AUGGAGGGAGACAGGAGGGAGCAGAGGAGAGGAGGGAGGAAUAGGAGAGCCGAGAACGGUUGGGUGGCGCUAUGCGAAACGAGCGGCGCUUUGGUCAGGGCAGGCGCGCAGAGAAAUGGAGGGGGAAAGGGGGACGGGGGAAGAGGGAAGUGGACGAGAGUGGGAGCAGAGGGGGAUCGGCGAAGAGGUGUCAGUGCCGAAGACGAGGCUUUCGAUAGACUCAAAACAGCUAACCUGAGUGAACGAAACAGUAAAAUUGAGGAAAGUGAAAAGUGUCAUCCUUUACCAACUCCUUGCAUUCAUUUGGCACUAACCUUUGUCAGGUUCAGUAGUCUAAAUCAACCUCAUAUUAUUUUUCUUCGCAGUUGUGUUCUUCUAGAAUAA